UUCUGGUAUGAGACAGUCCCCUCCUCACUUCAGGCCGCCGUUCAGCGCCCUCUGCCAGCACGCGAGUCGGGGGUAUAUCACCGACUGCCAGCACCCCCGCAGCAGUUGGCUGGAAGCUGCGUUAACACAACACACUGCUACAGCUCUUGAAUGAAACCAGCCACAGUGUGGGUAGUAGAAUGGGUGUGCAGAUAGUGGACGUGUUUUCCUUAACUCUGGAUGACACAGUCUAGCGUUUCUUUAUUGUAUUUGUUUAGUUUGUAUACGGAGUAUAUUAUUGUGAUAUUGUGGAAACGUUUAAUGCUGAUGUGACGAGACUGAUCACGGGAAGAGUGCUAAGUGGUUAACUCAGCUGUACUCAGUUUGUGUACAGGUGGCUUCAAUUGAUACAAAUCAACCAUGGGCAUUAAAAGCGAAUUCCGCACUUGUAACUUCGGAUUAAACCACAGUGAACCUCAUAUAUUCGUUUCCUCUCAGUGGGGCCACCCCCGUCUCUACCUGUCCUGGAGGAUAUUCUGGGCUCUGUUUCAUACAUCCUGGCUGGUCAGUAGCAUGGUGUAUUCCACCAAAGUGACGUCAUCACCGCUAGGUGGCGCUGUGUGGUUCAUCUACCUCACCAACUGGACCUACCUCCUGCUGACCAUCAGUGCUGUCCUGGACGCAGUCAUCGUCGUGUUCGUCAGGAUCAACAGACAGGACAUUCAAAAUGGAUUUACAUCCUAUCUACCCUGGUACCUGAAGAUUUCUUGGCUCCUCAAAAGUGUCGUCACUGAAGGGAGUUUACACAUCAGCGCCAUCUACUGGAUCUUUCUUUUCAAAAAUCAAGAUCUCACGGUUUUAAGAUUCAUCCUGCACGGCAUGAAUUCCAUCUACGUCUUGUCCAACCUUCUCAUCACUGCCAUGCCAGUUCGUGUGUAUCACGUGAUCUACCCAGUAAUCUAUGGCGUCAUCUACACAGUUUUCAGUGUCGUGUAUCACAUACUUGGUGGGACCAAUGACAAGGGAGAACCGUAUAUCUACAAGAUUCUUGAUUGGUCCAAACUGAAGCGGACUCUACCUCUUGUGUUUCUCAGUACAUUUGUGGCUCUACCCUGUUUGUAUUUGGUUGUUUUCUCCAUACAUAAAGGGAGAAUACAUUUGCGUUCGAAAUGUCUCCAUGACAACAAUGACACUCGGAUCUUGGACUCCUCAAAUGAAAGAACAGAUAGUGAAUGCAUACGUGUUUGAAUAAUUAUCAUUUUUGUUAUCUUUAUGACAUAACACAUAUUUACAUGAAGGUGGACAUAUAGACGGGGAAAGAUGAGUCUCCAAAAUAACGUUUUAGAUUAUACGGACCAUUGAAGGACACAUUAUCGGAAUCACCCUAUUCACUGGAUGGUACCUGAUUUGUACAGUGGUGUACUCUACAGUGUUC